UCUCAAUUUUAAAUUAACACCCGUUAUUUAUUUCCGCAUGUCGGUGCAGGAUAGUAAAAGUGAAUGAAAGCAUUAUACUUGUAAAUUACAACCAGACUCAUCAUUAUCAAUUUUGUUUUCAAUCACCGCCUUCUAAUCGGCAAAAUAUUGACAAACUGUACAUCCUAACAAAGAGCUAACUUUGAUAUAGCAAUAGAUUGAUUGCAACGCCACGUGCAAGGAUCAUCAGUACCGCGCGAACGAUCAAGCAAACACGAUGCACUCGGAUUACAUGGCGAACCUCCUCGCUGUUGGUGAAGUUACUCCACUACAGGAUAAUUUGGAUGGUGUCACAAUUCCCACCUGGUUCAACGAACAGAAAUUUAAACGAGCUCAACACUAUUUCCGACAGAACUUCGCCGCCAUCUACUACGGAACCAUCUGCGGACUGCUAGCCUCGUUGUCCAUCCCAUCUAUCCUGAACGCCCUGGUGUUCUCUACGGGAGGUAAACCAUCUUUUCGCGUUGCAGCCCGACGCUAUUUGGGAGCUCUGAAGCACACCGUCAACUGGUACUGCGAUGACCUGGCGUCGAUGAAAAGUGGCUCUUGGCAGUCGUUGAAUCACGUGCGUCAAGUUCAUUCCACUAUUCAGAGGCGUGCAACGGCCCGAAACUACAGAGUCAUCAUCUCUCAAAGGGAUAUGGCAAUUACGCAGUUCGCUUUUAUUGGCUUUGUGAUACUGGAACCAUCGAAAUUGGGAGCACAGAACGAACCGGCUGAUCUAGAUGCAAUGUGUCACUUUUGGCGGGUUCUAGGAUAUCUCCUGGGGAUGGAAGACAAAUUUAACCUGUGCGAUUCCGACGAGGAGUCACGUACUCGGAUGAGAGACCUUCUUGAAAAUUUCAUCAAACCGUCAUUCGAGCAAAGAACUGAAAAGUGCGAAGACGCAUACCGUAUGCUUCUGGGAGGAUUGUGGUGCUUCAACGUUCUGCUGGACUACAAUGCUUUGGCCUACUGUGCGGGAAGGGUUGUAGGUUUGUCUCAAUUUGCUAAGUAUUGGUACAAAGAUGGCGACCAGGGCUCGGACGAUAAGUUCCACCUUAAGAUGGGAUGGAAAAGUCGCGUUGUGCUGUUCGUUAUACUCAGUAUUCAUGAAGUGCUACUUAAAUAUGACUUAUUUCGGUAUUGUUUCAACACAGCUUUGAUAAUGUCAGGACAAAUUGCUGAAUGGUUCUAUUCACAGAUUGUUAAGAGAAGUUUAGAGAUAAUUCUGAAUUAUUCUCGAAAGCUCAAGGGAGAAAUAUAGAGUAUCUUAGAACAGACGUUCCUUGACGGUUUGUGGCCCACCACUAGUAAUAAACACCCACACAUCUCUAAGAGCUUUCGAAACUAUGCACAAUAAAUCGAGUUAGUUUACCACUAUUCUAUUAUUCUGAUAACUUUUGAUUUUGUUUUUAAGGCAUUUCUUUUAUAAAUAGGUACACGUAUAAGUGACUUACAACAAUACAUUUUCUGUUUAUCAAUAAAACAAAUGGGUGGCUUCGGAAAA